UGCAGAAGUCUUAGAGGUACUAGAAGACUAUUAAGCCAAAGGAUUCCUUUGGUACCCAUUCCCUCCAGUCUGAGUUUGUUGUAAUUGAGCCAUGAACUUGAUACAGAAUCUAUUGAAUGUAGUGAUUCCCCCAAUCACUCUAGUAUUUAUUUUUCUCAUUCUACCUUUUCUAUCUGUUUUCAAGUUCAUCCAUUUUAUUCUCAGACAACUCUUCCCUGAGAACAUGAGGGGAAAAGUUGUUCUCAUCACUGGUGCUUCUUCGGGUAUUGGUGAGCACCUGGCAUAUGAAUAUGCAAAGAAAGGAGCAUAUCUAGUCCUUGUUGCAAGAAGAGAGGAGAGCCUUAGGAAAGUCGCAGAGAAAGCAAGUAAUCUUGGUUCCCCUGAUGUGUUAGUUGUUGCUGCAGAUGUGUCACUUGUUGAUCAAUGCAAACGAUUCAUUGAUGAAGCUGUGAACCAUUUCGGCCGAUUGGAUCAUCUGGUAUGCAAUGCUGGGAUUGGUAGUUCUUGCACAUUUGAAGAUAUACCUGAUGUUACAAAUUUUUUACCUGUGAUGAAUGUAAACUUCUGGGGAUCAAUCUAUCCCACUUAUUUUGCAAUUCCUCACCUCAAAAAGUACAAAGGCAAGAUCAUUGUGAAUGCAUCAGUAGCUGGGUGGAUGAUUGCACCAAGGGCAAAUGUAUAUGCAGCAAGCAAAGCUGCAUUAAUAAACUUCUAUGACAAUCUGAGAAUCGAAGUAGCCUCGGAGAUUUCGAUAGUGGUAGUUAGUCCUGGUUUUAUAGACUCAGAGCUUACCCAAGGCAAACAGCUAACCAAGAAAGGGGAAGUUGAAGUUGAUGAUGGACUAAUAAAGGUGGUUGGAGGAAUUGGAAUUCCAUUUGUGAGUGCAGGGGACUGUGCAAAGGCUAUUGUGACUGGGGUAUGCCGUGGAGACAAAUACAUCACAGAGCCAUGGUUGUAUAACAUGCUUUACCUCUUAAAGAUCUUCUGCCCUGAGUUGGUUGAAUGGAUUUCCAUCUUGCUAUACCGUGCCAUGACUUGAGACUUGAGACUUGAGACUUGAUGAGACUUGUGAGAUAUUGGAUGCCAAUGGAUCAGGUGAAGAUUCCUUAUAUAGAUUUUAUUGGUGAAAAAGACAUCCUCAUUGUGUUUGAAGAUGUUAAAGAUCUUUCCAGUUUCCACCUCUCAAUGGGGUAAUAAAGCAUUUUAAUUAAAAAAUAAAAUGGGGUAAUAUAUAAAGCUAGUCAAAGAGACUUCACUUACCUAUACAAGAAGAUGUUGAGAUGUUCAGAGUUAAUAAAGUUAUAGUUUUAUAUCGGUUAUCUCAGACCUUGGAUUUAUCCUCAUAUACCAUUAGACUAUGUCAAACUACUAAUUUAAGUUUUGGGUUAGAUCUCCCUCCUCAAUGUUUAUUUUGUGGGCUUACUUUACUUAACAAGAAAAAGAGUAGGUGCAAUGGCGAAGAAACUGGUUAUCUCCUUUGUAUUUUAUUA